AUGUUUAGCCCACAAAAUGAUAAGCAAGUGUAUUACGAAUACGCGGCAGAGUUCAAACCAUUCAUCGGCGAGCUGAAACAACUCAGCGGUGGAGAGGUUAUUGUUUACGGGACCAAAGCGGCUUGUGACACGACAACAUUCAAAUUCAGCUAUACUUCUGUGCCCUUUUAUCCAAAGAUUCCUUUUCAAGCACAAUGCAUUCGGUUAGAAUGGCAACCUUCGACUCCUCUUCAAGAUGACUCUGGCUUUCUCAUUUAUAUUUGGGAUCAAACUCUAACAAACGUUACCACAUCGGCUUUGACUACAACAACCUUAACGGAAAUCACAACAGACUCAACGAUGACUUCUUCUGAACAAAACGGAGCGGGAACUCUUCGUACCAUUACAAUGACACCAGUGAAUUGCACGUUUUGCAAAUGGAUUAUCGAUUACACUCAAGCUAACUGUAUCGACUCUGGAUCUAGUGCGGAACCUGGCAACUGUUUUGAUCCGAUUCCUUUUUUGAUUAAUGGAGAAGAGCCUGGUCUACCAAAUAUCUUUGAAUUAAAGCCUCGUACCGAAUCAGACUCAUUCUACAUGGUCACCACUAAGCUGAAUAUGACUCACAAAAUUGUACUAUCUUCUAAAGCAAAUGUGGUGUCUUAUGACUUUGCCGUUUCAUUGAGAAUCGAAGAAUGGCAAAAUGCUCACUAUGGAUUAGAUGAUUGGGCCAUGUGGACGCCUUCAUUUUAUCCAUGGAAGCAUGAUCAAAUUGAUUAUGUUAUUCAAAAUUUCGAUUGGAGGAGUUCGUUUGAAAAAACUGUACCAAGCUGGAGUUCACAAAAUGCGACGAUUGAAAUCGUGAUGAUCGAGACGGGAUCUGUACGAGUGUUGGGUUUGGAAGGAAAAGAUUGUAACGGUUUGGUCUACAGGAAAAGUUUUAUCAAGCCAGUCAAGUUCUCGCUGAAGACUGCUUGCGUUGAACUCGUCUGGCGGCCCGAACUGAAUGGGCAACCGGUUGAAAAUGUGGGACUAGCAAUGUUUUUCACACUUGGAGCAAUUAUCCUUUUCACCCAGUCAAUUAUUGCCGUUGACAUUUCGUUGACUUCAAAAAGUCCAUCCUAUGCCGUACACGGUCGUCGAUUACUGGAGUUUAAGAAGAUAACAAUUUCGAUUGACGAUAAUAAUGUUGCAAAUCGGGAAAUCCUCAUUGAUUACACUCAAGAAAAUCAUAAGAUUUCUAUUGAUGUCUAUAAAACUUGCUUGGACGAGUUUCCAUUUACUGUUAAUGGAGAAAUAUUGGAUUCAAAAAAUGGAGAAGUUAUGCCGUACAACGAAGACAUGCAAGAACUUCUCUAUUCUACCACAUUCACCUAUAAAACUAGCAAUUCAAUGUCACUUCUUGUCAAUUACACCGCUGAUGUUUACCCUUUAGAUUUUGGUCUUUCAUUUCGAGUAAAGAAUUGGGUUAACGCAACAAAAAAGAUCUGGGUUCUACCGGCAGUUAACGAGACGAAACGACAAAAUUUCGUCUUAGUGAAAUUGGAUGUCAUUGUGACAGCCGUCAUUUAUCCCCCUUACAAUUUACCUACGUUGGAACUGAAUUUGGUGCUACAGCCCAACGACAAAGAAAUGGAUGAAAAAAGCCCAUGUCAGCAUUUUAAAGUUGACGUUACUUGCCCGAAAGGGUCAUUGUAUUCGGUUUUCUUUGGCUCAGAUCCUGGUUUAAAUCCGGAUCCAAGAUAUCACAUUGGUGAUUACAAAAGCAAUAUUUCGAUUGUGACCAAAACGACGGCGACCAGCGUUCAGGCGGCAAGCAGUUGCUUGUUUUGUUUGACUUAUCAGGCUAAUAAAGGCGUUGCUUCAGCGGGCGAUGUUCAAUUUUUGGACAAUUUUGCUCUUUUCUCGUCUCCUUUCUAUCCUUGGAUACACGAUGAACCAUAUCAAAGUGGAAAUCACUCAUAUGACUAUGGGAUGACUACUUUCAAAGAAAUUGGAGAGUAUUGGGCAAAGACUGAGCCACCCCAUGGCUUUGUCUUCUCGAUUCAAGAGAAUGAUGAGGAAGCUGAUUGUUCAACCACAAUCCCUCUCGAACUUUUUCAAGUCGAUCGAAAUGUGAAGGAAUGGGAAGAGUGUGAAGAAUGGCCAUCGAAGAUUGACAAGACAACUUUAUUCACUUGCCAUCUCGUUGUCGAUGAGCUUGCGUUCUUUGCUGAAUUCAAUCAUCCAAAAACCUGGGCGUAUUCCGCAAUAGUGCGAAGAAAUGCUGAUUUAAACAUCUAUGUGUUUCCAACUUACAACAAUUUGGGAAGCCGUCCUUAUUAUGAAUCGACACUGGGAUAUGAAGUCAAAUCACGAGCCACACCAACGCCAUACAGCGAAAAUUUGAGAAUUUUCUACUCUUCAACAUUCAAGCUUGCGAAUCUGAGCCAACUAGUGAUCAAACCAACCUCAAACAUGAAUAAAUGGGCUGUCUCGUUUCGUGUUCGACAAUGGGUUACAGAAACGAUGGAGGUGCUUGUGUUGCCCGCUUCCGACUUUGAAGUUGAGCAUUUUUUUGUGCUCGUCGACAAAAACGUCCUCGCAACAAUUGUGGUUAACGAGACAAAUAUUGCAAAUGAUGGGCCAACCCUCGAGAUAAAAGCAUUCAAUUUGGUUGAUGUCGGUUUGGUGGCUUUUUCAUGUCAAUACACUUUGCCAGAAAAUGUUUGUUCAAAAGAAGUCACUUAUUCGUACUAUUUUGGAACUGACCCAGGACUUGCGAAAAACGAAAGAUAUCAUAUUAUGGAAGCUACG